AUGUCCGUCUCUUUUUCGCUUUUCUGCUUGAUAAUAGGAGCAUUCCUGCUCUAUGCCAUCAAGGUCUUGUUGACAAGCAACAAGGCCCAUGGGCCACUGCCACCAGGCCCAUCACCGAAACCAGUUGUCGGGAACAUUUCAGAUCUACCGCCCCGGGGAGCACAAGAUUGGAUGCAUUGGUUGAAGCACAAGGACCUCUAUGGUAGGGUCGCUAAAAGCGCAAUACGACCCAUUAGUUCUAUUACAGUAAUGGGCCAGACCAUUGUCAUUGUCAAUGACGCCCGAAUCGCAACAGAGCUUCUAUCAAAGCGCUCUGCACUAUACUCUUCGCGGGCAAACUUGGUCUUUGCAUCAGAAAUGGUGGGCUGGGAGCAUAGUCUGGUAAUGCAGACAUACUCGGACCGAUUCCGUGCCUAUCGCAAAGCCAUACAACCUUACCUCGGGUCGGAGGCAGCGGUGGCGCAGUACAACAACUUGCAGGAGAUAGAGGUCCACCGAUUUCUGUUGCGCGUAUUGAAUGAUAAGCCCAGAUUUGCAGAGCACAUCCAGACGGAGGCGGGAGCGAUCAUUUUGAAAAUCGCAUAUGGAUACACGAUUGAGCCUCACAAGCGAGACCCGCUCGUCCAUAUCGCAAACCAGGCCCUAGAGAAUUUCUCCAUCGCUGCGACACCGGGUGCCUGGCUAGUGGAUAUUAUUCCGGCUUUGAAACACAUUCCUUCCUGGUUCCCUGGAGCCAAAUUCAAAAGCAUUGCACGGGAAUGGAAGAAAAACCUUGAAACCGUUGCAGAUAAGCCGUAUGACUUUGUUCGGCGGCGUAUGGAUGCUGGCAAACAUGAGCCUUCAUACCUUGUCAAUCUUUUCAAAGUAGAGGGAUAUCCGGUCUCUGGAAGCGAGGAAGAGCUCGUCGCGAAAUGGACUUCUGCUUCCCUCUAUACGGGAGGAGCCGAUACGGUAGGAUUUACUUCUGCUUGGCAUGCAGUCCCAGCUGAUGAAUUACAGACUGUUUGUUCAAUUGAAACUUUUCUUUUGGCCAUGACCAUAUACCCGGAGGUGCAGCGCAAAGCACAAGAUGAGAUUGACCGAGUAUUAGGAGCUGGCCGACUUCCCAAGGUGACUGACCGUGCUAGUCUUCCAUAUAUCGAUGCUAUUGUCAAAGAAGUUCUCCGCUGGCAUCCUGUGGCACCCAUGGGGAUUCCUCACAUGUCAGUUGGGGAUGACAUAUGUGAGGGCUACUUCAUUCCUAAGGGUUCCUUGGUUAUGCCUAACAUUUGGGCCUUCACCCAUGAUCCCGAGGUGUAUCAUGACCCCAUGGUGUUUAAGCCUGAGCGCUUCCUGGGCGUUGACGGCCGGGGGCCAGAAAUGGAUCCUCGCACAACCGUUUUUGGAUUCGGGCGUCGCAUUUGCCCCGGUCGUAUUCUAGCUGACAACGCGGUAUAUUUGAACAUUGCUCAGUCACUUACCGUCUUCAAUAUCACCAAAGUCGUCGAAAACGGCAAGGAGGUGGACGUCAAGCCAGAAUUUCAGGCUGGCGUGAUUAGCCACCCCGUUCCGUGGAAAUUUGAUAUCUCCCCGCGUACCCCUGCCCAUGAAGUUCUCAUACGGUCAGUGGAGAGGGACCAACCUUGGGAACCAAGUGAUGCGUAUGAUUUGGAAACGAGUUGA